UUUCUAACACGAGCAACAACAACAACCCCAUUAUUUCAGCGUUGAAAAUUCAUUUGGAAAUUGUUGCACUUCACACACACACACACCCCACCAUGGCCUCCUCCUUCAACACCUUCUUCAUUUUCUCUCUCGCUUUUUUCCUCAUCGCUUCACCUUUCAUUCAAGUUGCUAGGUGCCAAUCAGACUCAGAUGAAGGUACUACUACUGAAGACGCAAGCGACAUUGGCAUUGUUGGUGAUGAUGUCCAAGACUUUGAUGGGACUGGGACCUUUUCUUCUGCUCCGGGAAUUGAUACAAUAAGUGUAUUUCCAAAAAAUAUUGCAAAACUGGUAAAAGCUGGAGAAGAGACAGAACUGCUCGUUGGUGUAAAAAAUGAUGGGGAAUCCAGCUUGAACGUGGUUGCAAUCAAGGCUAGUAUUCACCUUCCUGUCGAUCAUCGGCUGCUUGUUCAAAAUCUUACCGCUCAGGUUUUCAACAAUGGUUCUGUACCAGCCUCAGCACAAGCUACUUUCCCAUAUAUAUUUGCAGUCAGCAAGUUCUUGCAGCCUGGUAGUUUUGAUCUUGUUGGUACUAUUAUAUACGAAAUAGACGAGCAUCCAUACCAAAGCACCUUCUUUAACGGCACUGUUGAAGUUGUUGAAUCUGUUGGUUUUCUUAGCAUCGAAUCUGUUUUUCUUGUUACUCUUGGAAUUGCCCUCCUUGUCCUCCUAGGGCUAUGGAUUCAUGGUCAAGUUCAAAACCUAUCUAAGAAAACAAAGAGGGCUCCAAAAGUUGAAGUUGGAACUAGGUCUACAGAUGCUUCAACAGACGAAUGGUUACAGGGAACUGCAUACACUCAGUCUCUUUCCAGCAAAUCAAAGAAGAAGAAGUAGAUAAAUAAUAAUUGUUCUCAAGUUCUUCAGCCAUACAUGACUAGAGAUGUAACACUGUGUUUAAUAGUUUGAGAGAGCGCAAUGAAUUCUGGCUGUAUCAUCGAUGACCUGUCUUUUCUGUUGUAGCUUUAAAGAAUUUUUACUUUUUCCCCCUUCCAAUGAGGUUGAGCUUUUUCUAAGAAAAAACUAACAGGAAUCUAAGUUAGGAAGGAUAGAACUUCUGAGAAGUGGCACAAUUUUUGUUAGCUAAUGUUCAUUUUACUAUCUACAUUGUUUUGUUUCUGUU